AUGACAACUCUUGCUGAAGAAAAACACACGACGGAUAUGUCAAAAGAUCCCGAAUACAUCAGUUCUGAUGAUUCUUUCCCAGAAGAUAUUGCUGAAAAUAAAGUAGAUCCAGAAAUUGAAGUUGAACAAUUAGCUCAAGAACUUGGGAUAAAUCAAAAGAAAUUAAUGUGGAAAAUUGAUCUUUGGGUUGUGCCACCAUUUUGUCUUUUAUAUUUCCUUUCAUUUUUGGAUCGUGUCAAUAUUUCCAACGCCAAUAUUUAUGGAUUAACUGCCGAUUUGAAAUUAACUGGUAAUCAAUAUAAUACUGCCUUGACAGUGUUUUUCGUUCCUUAUGUUGUAUUUGAAGUUUUAGCCAAUUAUUGUAUAAAAUUUGUGAAACCUCACAUUUGGUUAUCCACUUUGGUGUUACUUUUCGGAGGUAUUUCCAUCGGUAUGGGAUUUGUACAAAAUUUUGGUGGAUUAGUUGCUUGUCGGUUUUUAAUUGGUGUCACUGAAGCUUCCACUUUCCCAUCUAUCUUUUAUUUAUUAUCAACUUAUUAUUCUAAAGCAGAAUCUCAACGUAGGUUUUCUGCCUUCUUUUCAUGUACAGCAUUAUCUGGUGCUGCCUCGGGAGCCAUUGCUUACAGAAUCAAUGAAUUAAAUAUGGUACAUGGGUUAGAAAGUUGGCGAUGGAUUUUCAUUAUAGAAGGAGCUAUAACUGCUGGUUGCGCCAUUCUUUUGUUUUUCAUUAUUGCUGAUUUCCCUGAAGAAGCAAGAUUUUUGAAUGCUAAUGAACGUACUUUUUUGAAACGUAAAUUAGAAAUUUUGGCUGGUACUAAAUCAGCAUAUGAAAUCAAAAACACUAUCAAAGAUGUUGCUAAAUGUUUCAAAGAUUGGUUAAUUUGGUUACCAGCUUUGUCAUAUUUUGGUUUAAUUAUCCCAUCUUACGGUUAUGCAUAUUUCGCAGCCACCAUUAUCAAACAAAUGGGAUACACUGCGGUGUCAGCACAACAACAUUCAGUUUAUCCUUGGGUAUGUGCAUUUGGUGUUAUUAAUGUUGUUGCCUUUAUUUCCGAUCGUUUCAAAAGAAGAUUACCAUUUGCCAUUGGUACUUGUAUAAUGGCUAUUGUUGGUCUUGCCAUGAUUUUGGGUGCAACUCAUAGCCCCAAAGUGCGUUAUGUUGGUUGUUUCCUUACUGCUAGUGGUUUAUACACCGCCAUGCCUAUGGUUGUUUGUUGGGCAGCUUUGAAUAAUGGGUCUCAUAUUCGUAAAUCAGUGGGUACUGCUUGGCAAAUUGGAUUUGGUAACAUUGGUGGUAUUAUUGCCACAUUUAUAUUUUUGGCCAAAGAUGCUCCAGUUUAUAAACCUGGUUUGGCAACUUCAAUUGCUGGUGUUUGCUUUUCCAUAUUGUGCUCCUUGGCCUAUUUCUUUGUUUGUCAUAGAAUGAACCAAGUCAAACAAACUGAUGCUUAUAAACAAGAUUUUAAUGCAAUGCCAGAACGUGAGCAAAUCAAUGCUGGUGAUAGAAAUCCAAACUUUGUUUACUUGUAUUAG